AUGGCAGCCUCCCAGCUGGCAGCGCUGGAAGGAGUGGGGUCAGGGCCCGAGGGGCUGCCCUUGACUGAGGCCAGCCCCAGCUUCCUGUAUUCCGAGGGCCAGCGCCUGGCUCUUGAGGCUCUGCUGAGCAAGGGCGAAGAGGCGUUCCAGGCCUGCGUGCAGCGCGAGGGGCUGCGGCCCUUCCUGAGUGGGGAAGAGCUCCGGAGCCUGGCGGCGGCCGCUGAAACCUGGACCACAUGCAAGCAGCCACCCAGCAGGGCAGCAGAGGGAGCCACUGCCACCGAUGGGGACUCCGGCAGCCUGACUUACUGGCCGGGACAGUCAGAGGAGCAGGUGCCCACCCUACGGUUGGGCUGGCCGGAGGACCCGACCUGGAAGGGAAUCACCCGGGCACAGCUGUAUACCCAGCCACCCGACGAGGGCCACCCGCCCCUCAAGGAGCUGGUGCGCCAGGAAAUCCAGGCCGCCUGCAAGCUAGUGGCUGUGGUCAUGGACAUCUUCACUGACCCAGACCUGCUUUUGGACCUGGUAAACGCUGCCACACGCCGCUGGGUGCCUGUCUACCUCCUCCUGGACCGCCAGCAACUGCCUGCCUUCCUGACCCUGGCCCACCAGCUGGGAGUGAACCCCUGGGCCACUGAGAACCUAGAUAUCCGUGUUGUACGGGGCUGCAGUUUCCAGAGCCGCUGGCGACAGCAGGUAAGCGGCAACGUGCGAGAGAAGUUUGUGCUGCUGGACGGCCACAGGGUCAUCUCCGGAUCCUACAGCUUCACAUGGAGUGACUCACGCCUGCAUCGCGGCCUGGUGACCCUGCUGACCGGUGAGAUUGCCGAUGCCUUCAGCCGAGAGUUCCGGACACUCUAUGCGGCCUCCUGGCCGCUCCCACCCGCACCCACCCUGGGCCCCUUCGUCAGCACCGUGGGGGGGCUGCAGCUGGCUCCCAACCCCCACCGUGUGGUCCGACGCCGCUCUGUGGCCCCCAUGUCCCCGCCGCCACCCGACGGCCCUUUGGCCCAACGCUUGGCUGCCUGCCGAGUAUUUGAGGGUGACAGGCAGGAGACCCCGGCCACCCCAGGGCCGGCGCUGAGUGACAUCCUGAGGAGUGUCCAGCGUGCCCGGACCCCCAGCGGCCCCCCGGCCCGGCCCAGCCGCUCUCUAUGGGACCUGAGCCGCCUGUCCCAGCUGUCGGGCUCCAGUGAUGGUGACAGCGAGCUCAAGAUGUCCUGGGGCUCCAAGGACACCCCGGCCAAGGCCCUGAUGAGGCAGCGGGGCACCGGAGGGGCUCCCCGGGGAGAGAUAGAACCCCGUCCUGUGGGCCGGUCCCAGCCCUGGGGCGGCCCCCUGCCCCUCCUCCCGGCUCGCCGCCUGCGCUAUCUGUCCCCAACCCGAAGGAGGUUUGGUGAAGAUGCUGCCUCCAAACUCCUGGAACCCCGAGGAGUCCAGCAGCCAGAUCGGGGUGCCCAGGCAGGACUCAGGGGGCCUCGCUGACCGGAGCCGAAACGUCACUGGGCCUGCCUGUUGACUGGCAGCUCCAAGCCCCCUGCCUCCAUGCGGUGACUUGGACAAGGCUUCUGGCCUGGGUCUCUGGAAAGUGGAAGGGAUUUUUUUUUUCUCUUUGUUCUAGAACUUGGGCAGGCCCAGUGCUCACUCUAGAUGCCAGUGUCACAGCUUAGAAAACGGGCAGAAAGUCUCGACUAGCUGGAAUCCUAGAAGAGUGCAUACCCUACUGGGGCCAGGUCAGAACUCCUCUGAGGACAGGCCUGGCUGAGUGGCCCCAGUGCCGGCAUUGUGCGGGGUGAAGGUGGGGCGUCCCUGGGACAAAGUGGGGGAGCUUCCUGCACCCACCAUGCUCAGGAGCUGUGGGUAAACAGCUUGGCAGAGAAGCAGACGGAAUCCCAUCCAGGGACUGGGGCUGAAUAACCAGGGACACACCUGCUGGGCAAUGGAUCAGGGCUAUGGGCGCUGGGACUGUUUUGUGGGUGCUAAGGGGUGAGUUGUUGGGGCUCCCUUUACCUCUGCUCAGAAUAAAGCUGCUUUAUGCCAGAAUCUUGCAUUUGCACAGCCUAGUAGAGGACCCAGGAACGCAGUCCCCGCCCCCUCCUCCGCGGCCGCAGCACCCCUGGCCUGGGGGGUGGGGGUCAGGUGCCCGGCG